AUUAAAAUUUAUAAAAUAUUUCAAUACUGCUAUAUAUUUUGUGCUAAUCUACAUACUUUUAAUUUAUAUACCGAUUUUCGAAUGUAUUAAAUAUUAUAAUAGUAGUUAACUGUUAUCCUCUUGUAAUGGCAUUUAAUGACGGACUAAGAUUUCCACCCACACCGAAAUACUUUAAAUUAUUGGAUCCUGGUGCAUACCAAAAAGGCGAUAAGCGUAAUAUAAAGUUGAACACGGUUCCAUUCCUAUCUAAAACACCUCGUAAUACUCAAGACGACGUAAAGAUAUGGACACAUGCUAUUUAUGAUGUAGGUCGCAAUUCAAAAAUUCCCAAUUGUACUUCUAUAAAAUCUAUAAUCCCUCGUUUUCCCUAUGAAGCUUUUAACAAAGAUGAUUUGGAAAAGAUUAUUUGUCUAUGUAGUGUAACAAAUGUAUGUGACCAUGGACCUAAAGAUGAAGAAACAGAGAAAAAAUUAUGUCAAGUAAAAGUUCAUAAAUGUUUAUAUAAGGGACCACCACCCAGAUCUAUAUUGGGCGAUGGUGGGUUGUCAGCUCCUUCUAAAUGGGACAACGGAUUUUAUAUAUCAUUAAAUGGUUCCCAAAAGCGUAUAAGAAAUGAAGUUACUAAUAACAGUCCGCCUUUUUAUGAUGUCAAGGUCAAUGAACACACUGGUUUCUAUCGUGGCUGGAAAUGGAGCAAAUGGACUACUCAACGGGAAGAGAAAUCAUUUAUAAAUGACAAACCAUGUCCUUCUGAUUACUUUUUGAAACGGGAACUACUACAGAAUGAAUUAUGUGCUGAAACUGUACGAGCUUUCAAACGAAAAACAUCGAAACAGUUGCGUUUUAUAGAAAUUGUUCAACAAAGAAAUAUAUCAGAAGGACGUCCUGGUCCAGCUAGUUACAGUCCAAAUUUGCCCAAAGGUUUCAAAGUCAAAUUUGUUGGUCCUAAAGCUAAAAGAUUUGUGAUACCCAAGUACGUGGAACGGCCUGGACCGGCUGAUUAUUUUAUAAAGAGAACAUUUGAGACUCGGAAUUUUCCACAAACAUCAUGCCACGCAAAGUUAUAUAAGCCUGCUGCCUUUGGUAUUAAAAGUCAAAGAUUUAAAUCUCGACGAGAAGAGGGACCAAGCCCGGCUAGUUAUAAUAUCAGGUUAAAUCCUUGUCAAUUUAUGCACUGCCCCGUAGCGCCGUUCGGAUCUUCUUCAGUCCGAUUUUUAGAUCAUGUACUGGAAGAAGAUAAUGAUGGUAAAAUAGAAUCACAAACAAAGUACUGUAAAGUCAAUAGCCUCUGCUGUAAUCCAACUUGGGGAUUUAAAUCAAAAACAAUAAGAAUGAAACCACUAAUAAAAAAUAAUAAUGAACCGAGUCCAGCUGAUCUUCCUCAAUCAAGAAUCAAAUUAGGGCGACAUCCACAAGUGCAAUCUAAAGUACCAUUCUUAUCUUUACAAGGGAGAUUUCAACCUUGGUAUGAUUGGAUGCCGGUUUUUGGUUGUGUUAAAACACCUGGACCUUGUUACUAUAGUUUAGAGCAUCCAAAAUGUCUACCAGCUGUGCAUCAUAAUUCUCUAUUUCGAGCACCACGAUUUCCCAUUCAACAAACUCAAACGCCUGCUCCUAACGAAUAUGAGGUAGGAGGUGGCUUAGAAACAAUACUUAAUACUCAUAACCAAAAACUAAAAAGCAAUAUAGUAAAUCAACGUAAAUUUCAUUGGAUUGCCCCAAUGAAAUCAAAAAAUGUAAGUUAUGAAGAACAUGAAAUGAUGUUAAUAUAUAAAGCAAUAGCAUUGUUAGAGGUAUCUGAUAUGUAGAAAAAGAAAUUAUUUAUUCACCAUGUUACCUUGUAAAA